AUGAAAGCCUCUCUCAUCCUAGGGAUAGUUGUGUCCCAGCUAUCCCUUGUAAAAGGCGAUUGCCUUCCUCAAGUGGACUUGGGAUACCAAAUCCAUGAGGCACUCAAAUAUAAUGAUACAACUGGCCUCUACACCUUUAGCAACAUCCGAUAUGCUCAGCCUCCCGUCGGUGACCUACGCUUCUCUGCUCCAAAGCCACCAACAGGCCGAAAUCAUGUGGUGCAAAAGGGUAAUGGGUCAAUAAUCAUGUGCCCUCAGGGGUCGCCAGGCUGGAGCAUCGCAAAUGCGGAUUUCGGUCGUGCCUUUAUAAAUGGGAACCUAUCUAAUUACAAUUACACGGCGGAGCACGAAGCGCAGGAGUUUCUCACAAAGAAGAAUGCUCAGAGUGUCUUGGGGCUCCCCCAAACAGAAGAUUGUCUGUUUCUCGACGUCGUUGUUCCUCGUGCUGUGUUUGAGCGCCGAAACUCGAAGGCCAAGAAAGCCCCUGUAUUAGUCUGGAUGCAUGGAGGCGGCUACAUCUUCGGAUACAAGAAUGAUGUUGUUGAUGCCACUGACCCGGCUGGUCUUAUCAAUGCAAGUCGAAGCGACGGCUCAGACGGCUUCAUCUAUGUCUCUUUGAACUACCGACUUGGGGCAUUUGGUUGGCUAGCUGGGCCGUCUCUUGAAGCAGCAAAUGGCACUGCAAAUGCUGGCCUCCAUGACCAGCAUCUUGCUCUUCAGUGGGUGCAGAAGAACAUUCAUCUCUUUGGAGGAGAUCCAAACAAGGUGACGCUUAGCGGCCUUUCGGCCGGUGGUGGCAGUACAGUUCAUCAUAUCACGGCAUACGGUGGUAAGAAGGGACCGCCUCCCUUUGCUAGGGCCUUCAUCAACUCUCCUGGAUACUUUCCUAUUGGCUCUAACUUCCAAGCUGAAAACAUCACGCAAUAUUUCCUCAAGUUUCUGAACGCAAGCACAAUUGAGGAAGCUCGUAAGCUCCCAGCCAGGGCUUUGAUGGAGGCAAACGUUGCGCAUACAUCCAGCGUUGAGACCAAUUUUGUCUACGGUCCCGCUGUUGAUGGAGACUUUGUGCCUGCUCUACCAGGCUCAUUGCUCCUUUCUAGAAACUUUCACAAAAAUAUCGAUUUAUUACUUAGUCAUACACGAUAUGAAGGCGGCGAGUAUUCACAGCCUUUUGUGCAGAAUGAUGAUGACUUCAAAUCCCUCCUUCAUCAGCUCCACCCAGGCAUCGUGGAUGAAGUGGCCAAUUAUAUCAUCAAAGAUCUCUAUCCUGGGAAAGGUGCAGUGCGGACAAUUGAUUUCAUGGGCGAUAGUAUAUUUGCAUGCAACACGAACUGGCUUGCCAGAGCGUUUGCCAACCAGACAUACAACAUGCAGUUCAACAUCAGCCCCCCUUUCCAUGCAUACGACGAAUCGUACAUCUGGCAUGGAUACGGAAGAAAUAAUUUCGGAGCUCCGGUAAUAGAGUCGCUGGCAUCGACAUGGCAAGGAUAUAUCACCAAUUUCAUCAAGACUGGCAAUCCGAAUGGCCGUGGUCUGCCACCAUUCCCUCAGCAAGGACGGAAUGCGAGCGCCAAUAUCUUGACUCCAGAAGGCAUCGUCACUGGACAAGACUCUACUGCCGGACAUAGAUGUGAGUGGCUACAGAAGGGUCUUUUUAUUUGA